GUUGGCAAGAUGAAAGCUUUGCUGGGACUGCUACUGGCGCUAAUGGCAAUGGCCGGGAUCAGGGCCCGGCCCCAGAAUCCCUUCGAUAGCCUCAGCCUGGGCGCCAUGAGUCUGGCCGGGAAUAUCGCCGAGGCUGUCCAAAGCGGAGCCGCCCUGAGCCGCAACAUGGAAAUAGACAAUCCGCUGAUGUCGCUGCGAUCCAAGACAGCGGUAGGCUAUGGCGAUGCCAUGAGGCAACCAUCAGGUUCGGAUUCCUCCGAUGAAGAGGAUCGACGACGCCGCCGUAGCCUGCCCAGCCUGGUGCAUCGAACCAAGCGAGCACCCUGCUUCUGGAAAAUGUCCAGCAUGGCCACCACGGCGGCCUCCGCCGAUGAUGAUGUGGAGGCGCGUCGCAGGCGAGCUGCUAGAAAGCGGGCCGCCAACAAUGCCUCCCGUUCGCGGGUCAGUCCCAAGACAAGUGGCAAGAAGAAGCUGCAGCGACGAAGGCGCCAGGCGGAGUCCCAGAACCCCUUGAACCCGGAAGCGGCGCUGGGCCUGGGCGAUCGCAUCAAGAGCAUGUGGCUCUCGUUCGUGGACAAUGUCACGGAUGUGGUGCAGCAGAUGCGCCAGAAGAUCACCGAAUCGGCCAGUGCAACGGGAUAAGGAUAAGGAUGAGAAUGAUAUAUAUAUUUUUUUGUUUGUUUUUUAAGUGCAAUAAAAUAAAGUGUGCAUAUGGAAUACCGGAA